GACAUAUCAAACAAAAUUAUACAUGACUAUAUUUAGACUUACACAUUAAGAGAAUUUGAUUAGUCAAAAUACUUAGAUGAACAGUUUCAAAACUUAAAAGUGGACGAAUGGGACGAGGGAGUAUAAAGGAUUACUCUGUUAAAAUUACCCUAUUAAUCUCCUUAGCCGUUUUAUCCGGUGAUUUCUAUCUAAAUUAUACGGAGUACUACGUAUUUGCUAAAAGCUCCAGGGUUAUCUUCUUGCGCGAAAAAAAUCUGUGUAUUAAUGGAGAACCAAGGUGAUGAAAAUCACGUUGAAAGUGAAAUCGAGGAGAUUCCUGAUGAAUUUCAGUGCUGCGUUUGCCUAGACCUUCUCUAUAAACCUGUUGUAAUUGGGUGUGGACACAUUGCUUGUUUUUGGUGUAUGCACAAGGGCAUGAGUUCCCGGUUGGAAUCGACCUGCCCUAUUUGCCGACACCCGACCAAAAGAUUCCCCCGCAUCUGCAGAUUGAUGCAUUUCUUGCUUUUGAGGAUGUACCCUUUGGCCUACAAGAGAAGGGAACUGCAGGUGGCAGGAGAAGAGAAGGCGUCGGGGUAUGCAUCUCCACAGUUUGACGAUUAUGCUUCAGAAGCUUGUUGCCAGGAGCUUGUUGUUCAAGACCCCACUAUUUCACCAUCCAAUUCUCCAACAGGAGAAACUUCAUUAGUUCAUGAUGUAUCUAAAAAUACCAAAGAUGGGGAUAAAUUUAUGGAGAAAAAUGGCAAGCAAAGCCUUUUAGCUGAUUUGACAUGUGGGAUUUGCAAACAGUUGCUAUGCUGUCCAGUAGUUCUUAAUUGUGGUCAUGUAUAUUGUAGAGGUUGUGUCUUCAACCAGUGCGAUAAGUUUUGUAGAUGCCCAGUUUGUCCAUUGGAGCAGCCAAAUGGGUACCUAAAUACAUGUUUGGUUCUCGAGCAUUUUUUGGAAGAACAAUUUCCGGAGGAGUAUGCGUCUAGGAAAAUGAAGUAUCUAGGAGAAACAAAAAUGAUGACUGCCAACUCUUCCUCGGCCCCUAACUGUGAUGACGCCUUAUCACCAUCUGGCCCCAUUGUUCAUUAUGGAGUUGGCUGUGAUUAUUGUGGGAUGCAUCCUAUCAUUGGGGAGCGGUACAAAUGCAGAGACUGCAAGGAAAAGAUCGGAUUUGAUCUGUGCGAAGCUUGUUAUAAAAACACUUCAUCAGAUCUCCUCCUUGGCAGAUUUAAUCAGCAACACACCUCAGACCAUCAAUUUGAUCUCAUACAACUGCCAUUGUUUCGUGCUCUUCAACCCUUUACCACAGGUGGAUUUUUUCAUGUUACCGUGCAUGAUGAUCCCUUUGAGAGAACAGAAGAGAGCUCUUCUUAUCCUCCAAACUCCCCUUCUUAUACUCCAGCGGAGGUGGGCUAUCCAAUCUUCUUUCGAGACAAUCCAACAGAGGAGAGCUAUACAGGCUCCCUUCCAUCUGAGCCACCGGAUACCCAAGUGAACAGUGCAUUGGGUGAGAAUUUUCAAAAUGAUUCCAGAGAAAACCCGUCAAACUCUGUUUCAGACAACGCGCGUGGGAGUGCAUAACUUGACCGAAAAUUAUCCGUCGGGAACCCGGAGAAGAGGAAAUGAUAUUGUUGUAUAGUUGCCUAUUAGUAAAAACUGGGGUUUUGACUUGUGAGGAUAACACGGUUUGUGUUUCUUUAUGAAUACCUUAUUUUUUGUAGGAUCAUGAUAGGAAUUCACUAUGAUUGUCCCCACGGAUGGCAAUCACUGGUAAUUUUAUAUAUAAACAAACAAUUAUCAUUUGUGUUCACAGACAAUUAUCUUUUAUAUGUAUAAAUCAUCUAUGAUUGU